AUGGCUGAUAGUCCAGCUCUGAGCGACCCAUACACAGAUACAUUGCUAUCACCACUCACCUCUUUAUCCACAGCUUCGUUUGGAACUUUCACCAGCUUCGAUUCUCUGACUUCAUCAGGUUGCGGAACCCCGAGUCCCACUUCCAGCACCGCGGCACGCCCCGAUCUAGGUGGUCGAAGCAUCAUCUUUCAGGUUGUACCCGAUACGAACUUCGAGAAACGAGGCUUGUCAAAGAGGGCUCUCGGUGGCUUCGUAGGAGGCGGAGGUACAGUCAACCCUGAUAUCUGCGAUGACGCCAUUGCCUUCAACCUGGUCUCGGGACAACUUCUUGACAACAACCUGCCUAUCUACUACAGUGGUCAAGCUUUCAGUUCAUUUAGUGCUCAGGGGCAAUCCCCAGAUGGCGCUGUGACUACCACUUUUCAGAAUGUCGGGGGCAAACUGGCCUUCAUAAACGCUUCCCUGCCGAAUGGGCAAGCAGGCUUCUGCCAGGAUCCCACCACUGUAAAAGUGUACAUCACACUCUCCGAUACACCCGAGAAUUGUACACCAGUGUCAAUUUCCGUUUUUACAGGCGAUUCUUCGUCUGCUAUUUCCCAGACAAUUCUUCCCGAGGAUCCUUCCUUUAUUGAUAACACAGAGUCGGCAACGGAGCGAAAUAUCCCAACAACUUCCAACAGUUACCUCUCCACCACAGAUUCUGUCCCGACAAGAUCAACGCUCCAAGAAGCUUCCUCUAUUGAUACAUUGCUCGUCGAUUCAUCCACUGAAACAUAUUCAGCCAGCACCAAAUUCCCGACUUCUGGCCUAUCUACUUCAGACUCUUCUGGAGACUUCACCGACGCUUCUUUCUCCAGCGAGCUUUUUCUUGAAUCGUUUUCAACACUAGAGAUCACUUCCGCAGACGUAUUCACAGAUACAGAACUCUCCUCAUCCCUUGUUCCUUCUUCUGAUACGUCUUUCACGGAAUCUUCGCCAACUACAGCCUCCUCGGAUCCGACUAUCGAGUACUCGACAGACCUCGUGGAGUCAUCUUCCAGUGAGACGACAGAGUCGACCGAGGCCGCCAGUUCUCCAAGCGAUAUCGACACCACUACUAGUGUUGAUACAACGACUAGUAUCGGAACUACCACUGAAAUCGGUGUAACCACCACAACCGUCCCCGACAUCCCAACGACAAUCAUUGAAGAGCCCUUCUAG